ACAAUGUCUGAAUCUGCUGCACGGUUGCCCCGUCUGUAGGAUUGCCAGUGUUUCCAAGAUCUUUCCCACCCUGAUGCUGUAUCGACUGUGGGAAGAUGGCAAGGUGGCCUCUCUGGAUGACCCCCUGGAGAAGUAUGUGGACAACUUCACCAUUAAAAACCCCCUGGGCAAAAGCAGAGACUCUGAGCUGAAAUACGUCACUGAUGGUCUGAUCUUCCUUGACAGCGGUGAGGUUCAAAUUCGAUCGUCCUCUGUAACAUUAAGAAGAAUGGCCAGCCAGCUUUCUGGUCUACCCCGAAGACUCCGUGGAACUACCUUGCUGUGGAAAGGCAAGACCAAGUCUGCAAUCAACCUCCUGCAGGAUGAUGUGCUCGUUGCUGAUCCAGGGACCAAAUGUCACUACAGCAAUUUGGCAUUCUCUUUGCUCGCCCAUGUCCUCUCUGAGAGAGUUGUCGGUAUCAAUUACCAGCGAUGGAUUACAGAUAACAUUCUGGGCAGGUUGGGAAUGGAGGACACAGGGUUUGACAUCAACCCUGGUAUUCAAAGUCAAAUGGCUGUAGGUGUAUAUGCCAGUGGCCAAAUGGCACCUCUUUAUGACUUGGGUUGGUACCGCCCCUCGGGCCAGAUGUAUUCAACAGCUGCUGACAUGGCUAAAUUAUCAAUGAUGUUACUGGGAGCCUAUCACCGCAAGCUAUUGGAGCCCGACACUUUAAAAAUGAUGCUAACGCCUUUGCUCCGCUGUGAAAAAGACUACUUCGCCAACCGCACUGGAACGCCGUGGGAAGUGAAUGAACAGAUGGGAUAUGAGGUGCUACGCAAGGAUGGCGAUCUAGACGGC